AUGUCGCUUUCCAGGGAUGCAGCGGUUUCCGUGGGACUCGCAGUGAUACUGUUCUGCCUCGGCGCAUCGUGUUUCCAUGGCGCCACCGCAGCGAAACUUCUCCCAGAAAACGUGGUGCAAGGAGGGUACGGCCCGGUCCUCGUCAAGGCCCUUGGGAUGAACGCCUCGCUCGAUUGGACCCUCACGCAGAACGGGAAACCAAUUGAUGUCAAAGUAAAUGCAACGGUCAAGUCGGCCAGCGCGGGCCCAGCGGUGAAACCGGAGAAGGCGUCCGUCGAGCCGCCAGUCUUCUCCUGCAAAAUCAACGUCACGGGCAAGGUGAAGGGAAAGCACUCGUCGUUGUUUAACCCGUGGGAUCCCUGGACGCGAGUGGGGCUGUACAAGGGCAAGAAGGGGCUGUACGGGCAGAUUAUCAGCCGGAACAUCACAGGAGAAUGGUCGUCGGUUGGGUUCCGCGGGCGGAUUAAGGUUUUCACCGGGAAGCUGAAGUUGAGUAAAGCGAAUGCUUCCGCUAUAGCGAAAGCCCCGGCGGACUACUACGUGCAGAUCACGUGGCCACCGAAGAAAAUGUCGGAUUGGUAUUUCACCAUCAGAGGUCAAUUGGCGUAG